UGGGCAAGAUUCUACACCUACAGAACAGGACGAAGAAGAGUUAUCGAUUCUCAGUGGAAAUAGUAAUUUGGUGUAUUCAACGUCAAGAUCUCAAGAGAGCUCGCCUGAAGAUGGGCCAGAGAUGACUUCAAACGGGGAUACCAGCCUUUACAAUAAACUCCUUGAACAUUUCAAGGGUGUGGAAUGGGAUCAGGCUCACUAUCAGCCCUCACCGGAAGAGAUUCAAUCAUUUACCCAGCACUCGAUGACUCAAGCAAAUAGUGGGCUAUUCAAUGGGAAUCCUGCAUUCAAGGGGCCCAGUGUCCAAACCAUCAGCGGCCUUGAUGAGUUUGACUACGGGAUUUUUAACCCUCUACCUGCUUUGGCUCCAGGACAACUGCCAAUGCCAAUCGACGGGGUCAAUUACAACUUUAGCGUACAGCAAGAGCAGCAGUCUGAUGACCCCUUGGAGUUUCUGUCGAAACAGAAUCCAAUACCGACAUUUGGUCAAAGCUGGGAUUACUCAGCUGAAUGA